GUUGAGGCGUCAUCCCACAGUAGCCAUGGUGGGUAUGAGUCUACUCAGGUCUGCUGCUGGAAUCGCAGCCAGACUGAGUCCACUGAAAACUGGAAAUGCGGCGACAAAUUUACUUGCUCGAACAAUACCACGGACGGAAAAAGUGGCUGUCCGUUGGGGUCAUGGGAAGAAAAUGUUUGUCAUCAAACCAACUGAGUACUAUGACAAGAGAUUUCUGCGUCUAUUGAAAUACUAUGUCCUGCUGACUGGUAUUCCAGUGGCAAUAAUUGUCACAUCUGUGAAUCUCUUCAUUGGUGAAGCGGAGCUGGUGGAAACCCCUGAGGGUUAUGAACCUGAGCACUGGGAAUACUACAAGCACCCCAUCACUAGGUGGAUUUCUCGAAACAUGUUUGACUCCCCAGUGAAGGACUACGAAAAGAUGAUGGCUGCGAUCCAUAUAGAAAAAGAGAAGGCAGACAUGAGGCUGGCACAGCUUGAGGUGCGGAAACACAUGCGGCAGAGAGGAGACGGCCCCUGGUUCCACAUUGAGACCGUCAACAAGGAGCUCAUCGACACCACCCCCAAGGCAACACCCGAUGACUGAACCAGAUUGUUGUCAGUACGUUGUGCUGGUGUGGCUUGCUGUUUGUACAUUUUUCCCCCCUUAAAUAAAAAUAUCUUUAAGUGUA